UGGCCAUGGGGGAUAUAAAGGGCACCCUGUGAGGCGCCAGAGCAGACAUUCUCCAGGUGACCUGCCUUGUGUGAGAGCCCAGCGACUGAUGAUGAAGAGCCUGCUCCUGACCUUCUUGCUGCUGGGGCUGGUGGCUGUCCUGAAGGCACAGGAAAUUCUACCAGAUGGCGAUGAGGAUUACUCUGGCACCUGGUACCCAAAGGCCAUAAUACACAAUGAGAGCCUACCCAGUCACAAGGUACCUUCAAAGAUUUUCCCUGUGAAGGUGACAGCCCUGGAACAAGGAGACUUGGAGGCCAAGAUUAUAUUCUGGAAGAAGGGUUGGUGUCAUGAGUUUAAAAUCGUGAUGGAGAAAACCAAUGAGCCUGGCAAAUACAUUGCCUUUCAUGGCAAGAAGUUUGUUUAUAUCAUAGAGCUGCCUGUUAAGGACCACUACAUCAUCUACUGUGAAAGCACUCACCAUGGGAACUCAUUCGGCUUAGGAAAACUCAUAGGGAGAAACCCCGAGGAAAACCCAGAGGCUAUGGAAGAAUUUAAGAAAUUCGUACGGCACAAGGGACUCAAAGAGGAAAACAUCUUGGUCCCAGAGCUGAGUGGUGAGAGCAGGGCUGCCCAUGUCUCUCCCUGUGUCCCCUAUGCCACCUCUGAGUGUCACUGUCCCCAAACCAGGUCUGUCUGUAUGCUUCUGUCUUUUCGGUACUGUACCUUCAAGGUCCCCUCACCUCUCACAGGCUGGCCAGGCCCUGCUUCAGGUCUUGGCUGUGGAGGGUCUGAGCUGCAGGGGUGA